AGAAGGGAAGAAAGGAAAGAAACUCUGGAGGAGAGAGAGAGAGAGAGAGAGAGAGAGAGAAUGCAAACAGAAGAAAAAAAAUUCACAGAGAGAGAGCCUCACCCCUGAGAGGCGCCAAAGAUGGUCAAAGAGGUCCUCUCAGAUCAUCCUGCAAAGAGGCAGUAAUAGAAAAAAAAAAAAUUCUUAUUUUCUUGUAAAACUCUUCAGUUUUUAAAAUUCUUUUAAAUUAUUUCUUUCAUUGCUGCCUUUUUGAGUAUGUCUUAUCUUCCUCCCACAUAUCACCACCUCCAUUCUGAACUAAUUUUCUUAUUAAGGGGGAAAAAUAUCAAGUUACACCAGAAUUGAUAUCUUGCCCUCAAGAACAGCAGCUAUAGGCCCCCCUUCAGCCACUUAUUCAUGCUCCAAUUCAUUCUGAGGAGAUUAACCUGCUGAGCCAGGUUAUGUGCAUUUUAGAGGAAAGGGUGUAGAGAAAAUAUAUUGAAGCAAGGAUGAGGGACCCCGAUAUUGUCAUAGCCAAGAAAUGCGAAUUCUUUGUAUUUUUUUUUUUUUUUUUUGAAUGUAGUGUUGUGUAGAUAUUUGUAAAUAAAAGCAGAUACGCAGGAAUUAUAAUAGCUGCUCUUUUUUUUUUUUUUUUUUUUGUAAUCAUUAAGAAUUAAGGGGUGGUUUUGAAUAGGAAACCUGGCGAUUUUUUAUUAUCGUUGCUGCCUCUGCUGCCAUAAUUGGUUCACCAAGCGAUGGGGGGUAGAUGGAGCCCCAAUGGAUUCCGGUUCUUGUGGUUUUUUAUUUUGAUUCUUGGUCUUGAAAUUCAAGGGUAUUGGUCGCUUAAUAAUGAGGGGAUAGUUUUAUUGGAAUUUCGUGCAAGAGUGAGUUCUGAUCCUUCUGGUGCCUUUUCUAAUUGGAAUCCUAGUGACAAUAACCCUUGUCUAUGGCUUGGUGUCCACUGUGUGGCUGGCAAAGUGCAAAUAUUAGAUCUGAGUGGGCUUUCUUUGGAAGGGAUAUUGGCGCCUGAUCUUGGCAAGCUUAGUCACUUAAGAUCCCUUGUGCUCUGCGAAAAUCGUUUCUUUGGUACCAUUCCUGAAGAGAUCGGGGGACUCUCAAAGCUAGAGCUGCUGGAUUUGAGGAAUAAUAACUUCAGUGGAGCAAUUCCAGUUUCAAUAGGAAGAAUGUCUUCAUUAAAAUGCUUGUUGGUUUGUCAUGAUAAAUUCGAAGGCAGCAGUCCUCUGGAGAUUGCAGGGCUUUACUUAUUUUCCGAGUCACAAUUUGAUGAAAAUCUUGCAUGUGCUGCAGCCUCUGGCACUAGCUGUAUCAAUAGAAAGUUUGGAAAUGGUAUGUGGCAGAGCAGUUUGAAACGACUGAAUGAUGCUUAUUCAUUGAUAAUCCCAAUUAGAGGAGCUGUUAUACGUUACUUCAAUUCCUUGCCUCUGCAAUUGUUCAAGCUUGGAAAGGGUUCUCUGCAUGAAUGUGAUAAUAGUUGCUGUGAGAAGCUAGCCAGUUCAUCUGAGCCGCCUAUGGCCCAAAAUGUAGAGAUCCUAGUCAAUUUUGCACGUCGUAAACUAUUUGAAGAGUCUGGUAACCUCCCAGCUCCACCUGCUAGUAAUGGAUCCUCCACUCAACAGAUUAUUGCUUUACCAGCUAGCCAAAGUAGUGGGAGUUUUCCAGCUAUAUCAACUGCGAAGAAGACUCAACCUCCUGCACCCCCGAGUUCAAAAGGGUUCCAAAGUGAUUCUGUUUUCAGUUCAACUAAUAAUCAUUCUCCAAGGGAUGAAACUUUGAAAUGGAUUUAUUUCUUGAUUAUUCCAAUUAUGUUUGUCUUGGCCAUUAUUACUAUGUGCCUGCUGUGUAUGUGCCGUAAACGAGGAGUCGCAAACAUAGGUCCCUGGAAGACUGGAUUGAGUGGACAGCUACAGAAAGCAUUUGUUACAGGAGUUCCCAAGUUAAAUCGAGCAGAGCUGGAAACUGCUUGUGAGGAUUUCAGCAAUAUAAUUAACACUCUUCCGGGUAGCAUUAUUUAUAAGGGAACAUUGUCCAGUGGAGUUGAGAUUGCUGUUGCAUCAAGUUUGGUUGCUUCUUCCAAAGAUUGGUCAAAGAAUUUAGAAAUGUCCUACCGGAAAAGGAUUGAUACACUAUCUCGACUUAACCAUAAGAACUUUGUCAAUCUCAUUGGCUACUGUGAGGAGAAUUUACCUUUCAGUAGGAUGAUGGUAUUUGAAUAUGCUCCUAAUGGAUCCCUCUUUGAGCACCUGCAUGUUAAAGAAAUGGAACAUAUUGACUGGAGUGGAAGGAUGAGGAUUAUCAUGGGGGUCGCUUAUUGCUUACAGUAUAUGCACCAUGAUUUAAAUCCACCGUUGGCACAUACUCACUUGAGUUCGCAUGCUAUUUUUCUAACAGAUGACUAUGCGGCUAAGAUUGCUGAGGUUUGUUUCAUGCCACAUGCUCCCUCAAAGUCGAAGAGCUCAGGUGACAAUGCAUCGAAGCAUUUGACAAGACCGCCCAUGAACGAUAUCGAGGCAAAUGUCUAUUGUUUUGGGACUCUGUUGCUUGAGAUCAUUUCUGGGAAGCUCCAAUACUCGGAAGAACAAGGAUCCCUUGAGAAAUGGGCUGCUGAAUAUUUGAAUGACAAGCGGAGCGUCAGCUACCUGAUUGACCCAACCCUCAAGUCUUUCAAAAACAAUGAGCUUGACAUCAUCUGCGAGAUUAUCCAAGAGUGUAUACAACCAAAUCCGCCGCAAAGACCAACGAUGAGGGAUAUCGCUCCCAAGUUGAGGGGAGUGAUUGGUGUCUCACCUGAUCAAGCAACUCCAAGACUUUCUCCACUAUGGUGGGCUGAACUUGAGAUAUUAUCUGUUGAGACUACUUAAGUUCUUUCGGACACUCUUCUCUGUAUUGUAAGUCAAGGCUCUCCAGAAUUUCAUGCAAAAGUCUAAAUAAUUAGCUUUUUGAAGGGUGCUUUCCCCCACAUUAGAGAAUACCAUUAAUACACAGCUUCAACGCCACAUUUUUCGUUUCAUUGAAUCUAUAUUUGCCCCAUGAUUGCACUAUAUUGAUUUUUUUAAGAAAAAAAAAGAUGACCCUAGAAAAUUUCCAUCAGAACUGGAGUGUAAUAUAUUUGUUUCCUUGAUGGGGUAAUGUGCUCCCAGCUAGUUCAUGUCAAAUGCAUUUUGUGAUUGAAGUUUGUGGUGUAAAAAACCAACAUAGCACUAGUGAACAUAUUAAUUGUAAAGCUUACUUUUAAGUAUAGGCUGUUAGAAUUCUCAGGAUUCCUUACUUUCCUCAGCGUAUUUGCUGUUCUUUGCACUUGGGACUUGAGAUGGAGGCAGUGAAAGCAGAGCUCUUUAGGAUAUUGUAAUUUGGUGUACAUUUUUGCUGUGUUUUUGCACAGGAUUUUAUGUUAAAACAGGAUUAUUGUAAAGGGUUACCAUUUUUUUUUUUACAA